GUCAGCGCCGCUGGGGAGGGCGGGCAUUUGGCGAGGGGCAAAUGGCGGCGGCGGCGGCCGCCCCGGUAGCCCUGACACGGAAGGAGUCGGGCGCGGCUGCCGCUUUCCGCGUGGCGAUUUGAGCCCUCGUGUGGAGGCCGGCGGUAGCCAGGAUGGAGGGUGGCGGUGCCCUGCGAGGGACUGGCUGCUGAGCAGGGCCCUCUGCCUGCGGGGAGGGAGCGGCGCGGCCCAGGGCACCGGCAGGCCCCUUCAGGUACUGGAAGGCCGCAAUAAGGUCUCCCCAGAGCCGCCUUUUCUCCAGGCUGAACAACCCCAACUCUCUCAGCCUGUCCUCAUAGGAGAGGUGCUCCAGCCCUCUGAUCAGCUUCGUGGCCUCCUCUGGACUCGCUCCAACAGCUCCAUGUCUGUCCUGUACUGGGGCCCCCAGAGCUGGACGCAGUACUCCAGUUCUGAUCCAGUUUCUUAAGCAAGCUGCUCUGUGUGGCUGGAGUGAACAUUCAAUAAUGAGUGGUGCAGCGUUGGGCCUUGAGAUAGUAUUUGUUUUUUUUCUGGCUUUAUUCCUACUUCAUCGGUAUGGAGACUUCAAGAAACAGCACAGGCUGGUGAUCAUAGCAACGUUAUUGGCUUGGUAUCUUUGCUUUCUUAUUGUAUUUAUACUGCCUCUGGAUGUCAGUACGACUAUUUAUAAUAGGUGCAGACUUGCUGUUAACUCCAGCCCUGCAGAAAGUAAUGGCUCUUACGUUACUCUUGCUCCAAGCAAGCAAAAAUGUUUCAAGCCAUGGAGUUAUAUUCCUAAUGGAAUUAUGCCAAUUUUCUGGCGUGUUGUAUAUUGGACGUCACAGUUUUUAACAUGGAUUCUGCUACCUUUCAUGCAGUCAUAUGCUAGAUCAGGAGGGUUCUCCAUUACUGGAAAGAUUAAAACUGCAUUGAUUGAGAAUGCAAUCUAUUAUGGCACUUACUUGCUGAUUUUUGGAGCGUUUUUAAUAUAUGUGGCUGUAAACCCAAACUUCAAUUUACAGUGGAACCAACUUCAGACUAUUGGGAUAGCCGCUGCAAACACAUGGGGUCUGUUCCUUCUUGUGUUGCUUUUGGGUUAUGGUUUGGUGGAAAUUCCCCGUUCUCACUGGAAUGGGGCCAAGAGGGGUUAUCUACUCAUGAAGACCUAUUUCAAAGCUGCCAAGCUGAUGACUGAAAAAGCUGAUGCAGAGGAGAAUUUAGAGGAUAUUAUGGAGGAAGUUCGUAAAGUAAGUGAGAGUAUCAAGUAUAACCACCCUUUGAGAAAAUGUGUUGAUACAAUACUGAAAAAGUGUCCUGCUGAGUACCAGGAAAGAAUGGGUAGGAACAUGGAUGAUUAUGAAGAUUUUGAUGAAAGACAGAACAGUUACCCAAAUGAAAAAAGUUUGGUCAAGCUUCACAAGCAGGUAAUCUAUUCAGUACAGAGGCAUCGUCGUACACAGGUUCAGUGGCAAAUUCUUUUAGAACAAGCGUUUUACUUAGAAGAUGUGGCAAAAAAUGAAACCAGUGCAACUCGACAGUUUAUUCAUACCUUUCGUUCCCAGGAACCAGAGAACAAAAUUAUUCAGUAUUUCUACACACCAACUGUUGAGUGGUACUGGGAAUGUCUUCUACGACCAUGGUUUUACAGGGUGCUUGCAGUUGUUCUGGCCACAUUCUCUGUAAUUGUUGUGUGGUCAGAGUGCACGUUUUUCAGUACAAAACCAGUUUUAUCGCUGUUUGCAGUUUUCAUACAGCUGGCAGAAAAGACAUAUAAUUAUAUAUACAUAGAGAUGGCCUGUUUUCUUACCAUCUUUUUCCUAAGUAUCUGUGUUUACUCUACUGUCUUCAGGAUCCGUGUAUUUAACUAUUACUACUUAGCUUCACAUCAUCAGACAGAUGCAUACAGUCUCCUUUUCAGUGGCAUGUUAUUUUGCCGUCUAACUCCACCAUUAUGCUUGAACUUUUUGGGCUUGACCCAUAUGGAUGCAACAAUCUCUCACAAAGACGAUCAGCCAACUGCUUAUACGUCUAUAAUGGGAUCCAUGAAAGUGCUGUCCUUCAUUGCAGAUGGAUUCUAUAUAUAUUACCCAAUGCUUGUUGUCAUUCUCUGUAUUGCCACAUAUUUUAGUUUAGGAACUCGUUGUUUGAAUCUUUUGGGAUUCCAGCAGUUCAUGGGGGAUAGUGAAAUGACCUCUGAUUUGAUUGAUGAAGGAAAAGAGCUAAUCAGAAGAGAGAAAAGAAAACGACAAAGACAGGAAGAAGGUGAAAACAGAAGAAGGGAAUGGAAGGAGCGGUAUGGAAAUAGAGAGGAUUCCACUAGAAACAGAGUUGUCCACACAGACCAGAAAGAAUCCAGUUUCUCGGAGACCAACACCAAUAGACCACUGUCAAAGUAUACCCGAUCAAAUGGUAGGACUGAAAGAGACAGAAUAGAACUUCUCCAGGAUGCAGAACCUUUGGAUUUUAACGCAGACUCAAUUAAUGAUGACCCUCUUGAAUCGGAUUUGGGAAGGUACCAGCCUGGUGGAAGAUACCUGUCAAUGUCUCGAAGCCAAAUGUUUGAUGAUGUCUAAACUUCUCAAAGCUAAAGAAAAUUCAGUGGAAAUCUAUUUCCUACUCAUUGCUUGGAAAAUACUGUAUUUAUGAUAUAUCACUGAACCAGAAAAGACCAUUUUUGUUUAAAAAAACAAUAUGAAGGAACAACUGUUUUGGAAAUGCACCUAUAUGAUAACUUUACUACUUAUGACAAGAAUAUGCUUCUUCUACUGUAGAUAUUGUUGUGCAUCAGUGUGGGCUUUUGUGUCAUGAGCAAAAAGAGAAAACUGUUAAUUAAGUUAAUAAAGGGUAAACUUCAUAAAUAUACCCAAGAUUCAACUUGAACUGUAACACUGUUUUAGGAAGGGGAUAUUUUGGAAGGAAUCUUUUUGUAUCUUACCAGAUGCUGUGAGAGCAUCUUAGUGCAUCCAAAGUGCAGUUAUAUCUAUUACUAUGAUAAACACUUUCUAUAUUUUUUCUAUUUGAACUUUAUGCCUAGUCCAAAAUCUGCAGAAUUAAAUUAAGCCUUCUUUUGGUUUCAGUGGUCUUUGAAUCAGACCCUGUAUAAACAGAAAGAUUGAAUGUCAGGCUGUUCUUCAUAAAAUCAUAAAAUACAUGUUCCAGUACUUAAAGGGUGACUACAGAGAAGGUGGAGACUCCCCCUUUACAAGGAGUCACGUGGAAGAGAUGGGGGAUAAUGGCUGCAGGUUACUUCUGGGGAGAUUCUUAUUGGACAUGAGGAAAAAUUUUCACAAUGAGAACAUUCAGCCAUUGAAAUAAUCUCCCCAGGGAAGUGGUGGAUUCCGCAGCAUUGGACACUGUUAAGAUUCGGAUGGACAGGGUGCUGAGCCAUCUUGUCUAGACUGUGCUUUUACCAAGAUAGCUUGGCCAGAUGAUCCUUGAGGUCCCUUCCAAUGUGGUAUUCUAUGAUUUUAUGAAAGUUGGUGGCAUAACUUUUGGAGCAAGAUGUAUUGGUCAAGAAAGGCUAUAUUUUUUUCUUUUCCAACAUUAUAUGCAGAUAAAUGACUUUAGCAUGUGUAAAUAGUUGAAAUUGAAUAUGGACCAGAGUUUCACUGUUGUAUGAGCAUAUGUGCAAUACCAAGAAUACAUUAUCGAAGAUACAAUGUCUGCUUAAGAUUUUUACAGUUGAAAAUCUUGGCACACUAAUGUUUUUGUAACUGUAAAAAGAAA